AUAUUUUUACUAUUUUAACCAACUUUUUUUAUCAUAAUGAUCUCAAUAUACAAUACGAAUUCUUUUAGCAAUGACCAUUUUUAUCUGAUUUUAAAGUCAUAAAACAAAAUGAUACUCUUUGACCCUAAAUGACCCUAGCUGUCGAUGGGCCGUAAACAAACAAACAAACAAAACAAAAAUAAUGGGACAAAUAGUGUUACAAGAACAGCAGCGAAAAUGUAAUGGUAAUAUAUUUUAGACAUGCUUCAUCAGGGCUUUUCUCUUUCUUUCGGUUUCCAUACGGAUAUCAUGUACUUCUUUGACCAUGUUCUAUCAAUCGUUUUAUGCACAUUUUAUAGUUUGGAGGUAUCAUCUAUGACUGGAGUAGUCAUCAAUGUUAUAUAAUAUAUAUUUAUAUACAAUAAAAUAGGAUGUUCAUCCACAGAACACCACUGUAUGUUUACCUAAAACGAAAGUAGGAUAGGUCAUUUAUCUCUAUUGUUUAUAUGGGCAAGCUAAAAAAAACGUGGUGUUGUGCAAUCGAUCAAUGGUAGCCGAUGAUUGAUGGUCGCUCAUACUUAUUAUAAGAAUCAUUUAUUUAUGGAAAUAAGGAAGACCAUUUUAUUAUUUUUUCUGCAUUACACCUAAAAGAUGAAGUAACUUUGUAGAUUAGUGUUUCAUUAAUCAGAUAACAGGAGUAUCAAUAAGUGUCUUCAGGACAAUUUCUUUUGAUUUUUAUCAUUGCAUAUUGUAAAAUAAAGCAUUUCGAGAUAGGCCUACAUGUUCACGCUCAGUACUGGAUUACACUGCACCAUACAUAAUCUAUAUUCAAGGCCAUGGUGAAGUGUCUGAAAAUCCAGAACGAGUACAAUUUGCUUGUCUGACGUUUUGUUGGAUAUGCAUUGUGCUAGUAAUUAUAUCAAGUAGUUGAAGAAGUGACAUUUACCAGACAAUAAAUGUCACUGUCCUCUGGUCCAGAGUAGUGUCGUAGUUAUAACCAGGUAGUUGCCAAGUGUUUGUAUCUCUUUGCGAGGUCUAACGUCACUGCUAAAGCCGGCGUUAUAUGAGGAGAAUGGUGAAGGAUACAAGAGCAGAAAUCAAGACGAAUAAUAAACGAUCAGACAGGAAGGGUUGGAGUCACAAGGUACACUUAAAGAUGAAAUUACGAAAGGUGAUAUUUGGGAGACAGAUGUGCUUCAGAUGGUCAAUCCUGCAGUAGCUAAUUGUCCGAAAAAGGGUGACAUUUUAGACUGGACAAUGAAAUGUAAAUUCAUGUGCAAAGCAAUAGACAUGACCUCAGCAAGCCCCCAGCGUGUCCAGCUAGCUCCCGCGUGUGGUCCCGCUAAAGGUUAUCUGAUCAAGGAAGUGACACACAUUACAGACAGUAUCCCAUUACUACAGUUUCGACACCGAUGUAUCAAAUCGUUUUUACGUCACAACUGUUCUAGCCAAUAUCCUGUACCCAAUAUCAUACAUUACGUAUGGUAUGGCAUGAGACCCCUGAGGUUUUACCAUUUCCUUAGUGUGUAUAGCGUGUUCAAGGUGCAGAAACCUUGUGUGAUACUCAUACACGGAGAUUUCAUGCCUUCAGGGGAAUACUGGAAUUUUCUGCUAAAAAUUGUGCCUAAUAUUCUAUUCAUACAACAAAUUCCACCAGUGGAGAUCGCAAAUAGGACGAUUAGGCACGUCGAACAUAAGGCUGAUAUAACAAGGCUGAUGGUGCUGAAAGAAUAUGGUGGUAUAUAUAUGGACACGGAUGAAAUACUGCUGCGGACGCUGGAUCCACUAAGGCGACAUAAUUUCACACUAAGUAAAGCUUUCAACUUCAAUCUGAGCAACGGUUUGAUCCUUUCCGCUAGAAACGCCUCCUUUCUUAAUAUUUGGAUCAAAGCCUAUGAUACGUACGACCCAAACAAGUGGGGCUACCAUUCAACAAUUAUGCCAGCAAAACUAUCAAAAAUUUAUCCUGAUUUAAUCCACGUGGAAAACAAAACUUUUGUUCGGCCAGAUGCUGGGCAUACAAAGGAUUUAUUUCAGAACAAUUUUGAUUGGUCGAAAAACUAUGCUAUACAUUUGUUUAUGCGUUAUUACAAGCAGGUGUAUAGUAUGAUUUCAAUCAGGACAUUAAACUGUACUAUGGGUGCAGUGGCUAGGUUUGUCUUGUUUGGUCAUAAAGAACUGUGUAUCGAAUAAUGCUUCCACAUGGCAAAAUGUAUACAAUCAUUUGCUUUUUGUAGCAGCAUUGAAAUCAGUUGAUGGGAUCCAACUAACUCAACCAGAAAUUCUUUUACCAUUUACAUAUACAUACUGUCAAGCUUCUUUAUCUGAAACACUGGUAUUUCAAAGACCCUGAUUAAGUCGAAGAAGAAAUUCAGUUCCGACAACGAAAACUACAAAACCUCAAACGUUUUUUUCGCUAUUCUACUUGACUUCGGGUUAUAGUACGUGUCGGUUUAGUACAAAGUGUAAUUGUUUUGUUUAAUAAAAGUCUAAAUAUGUUUUGUGACCCAACAUUACAAUUGCCUUAAUACAUGAGUAUAUCUGUUACUGGUAUAAGUAGAGGUCUUGCGAAAAUACCUAAUCCGUAUCUGUAGCCUAAUUUGAAGCGUAACAGGUUAUUUAAGUAAUAAGUAAAUAAAUAAACAAAUUAAUUCAUUAAUUAAUAAAGUAUAAGUACAUGUAGGUCAGCAGUACAGUUCUUCAUUGUUAUAAUUUUACAAUUUCCCUUUAUAGUGAUAUGUAUCAUCAUCAGUCGAUAUUUACGUAAGAAUGCACAUCGAGAUGAAUAGUAAAACAUUUGACAGCUUCAACAUGCUUGUAAAAUUUCGAUUGGUGUUUUCGUAUAUACACAGCAGGUGAAUAUCUUGAACUUGUCUCUAUAAAUUGAUGGGAAAGAUCUAUCAGAUUUACUCAGAUAUGUAUACCAAUGAAUUUCAUGGAUGUAACCAUUGUUCGUUGUGGUAAAACCUACGUUAAAAUUGUAUUGACUGACGCACAUAACAAAUACAUUUAUAUACUGUAACUGUAUACACGUCCUAGAUAAGACAAUCUCAAUCAGAAAUAUCUUAGAUGCAGUCUUAUGUAUACAAACACAUAAAAUGCAUUUAAAAGUUAUGCUCGUCUCAAGGCGAAUUACUUUGCACAUUUUCACCAUUUGCAUGCACCAUGGCAGAACAGACCGAUAAUCAAAAGUUUAGUUUUAUGAAAGAGGUAGCGAUCAAUAAAUGGUUAAUUUUGAUUAAUAAUGAGAGAAAUACACAAAUGCUCUAUUAAAAAAGUAUAUUAUUAUAAAAUCCUAAUUACGUAUUUAAUCAGUAUUUAUUUAUUCUAACUACUUGUAGUGAUCAAAAUGAUACAAACAAAAACUUUACAAGUAACAUCUUAAUUAUAAUACAAAUCUCCAAAACCAAUCAGUGCUUUGCAUCAGGUCUGCCUCUGAUUCUUUCUUGACUCGUGUUAGUCCUACGGACCAGGAGUCAUAUAUGAACACACAGUGAAGAUUUUCGUUUUUGACUAGUUGAGUGUCCUUUGAUAAUGUUUCCGAUAGCAAAAAAUAUCAGGAUUAGUUUUGAUUGCAAGUGGUUCGGUGCCUGGUGAAAAAAUAAAAGUUUAGAUGCC